AUGCCGAAGGAGAAAUGGGACCUCUCGAGACCGGUUGAGCAAGACCAGGAACAAUGGAACGCCCUGGCCCGCCAAUGGCUCAGUCUCGACCAUCGCGGUCGCCAUUCUUACCACCGCCUCGUCCAGCCAGGCGAGUCGGCGGCGACUGAGGACCAGAUGCACCGCAUCCUCACACGGCACCAGACCGUGCGCGAGAGAAACCUCUCGUUCUGGGUCCACAGCGGAAGAAACUCGCCCGUCUGGCUGCGAACUUGCUACCUGCCCGAGCUGGCCGUCAUCCUCGACGACGAGGCUCUGUACGCACCCCUAGCCGAGGACUGGUCGCGCAUCUUGCUUCGCGUGCCGGUCAUUCCUGACACGGGGCGUUAUUCUUACGGAGAAGAAGUCAUUGAAGACCUCCACGACUUUGAUGAACGCCCUGGUCCGGGGGAAGAGUUCAAGCUGCCGCUGUACGAAGCCGCGCUGAAAGAACGGACUAUGCUGUACCUUAUUGACGAAGAAGCCCUUCGAGAAAAACUUAUCAAGAUCCUCUGGCUGGAUAUACAUGGAUCCUGCGUGUGGGAAAAUCGCCUGCGGCCCGAUGAGAGGCUGGAGUUUAGAGGCCGCAUGUUCGAGGGGGGUCUUUGGGUGACCUGUAUGUGGAAUGCUACAAUCCUGACGAUCCCAUGUACAGAAAAGGUGCCGUUAUCUACGUAG